UUUCGGAUUUAUGGGAUAGUGUUUUCAAACGUACAAUGCGUUUUAGCACGCUUUUUGAUGUUACAGUGGAGUUUGAUAACGUGUUAUGUGGCAUCACAGACAGCCGAGGACGUCAAAAACCUCACCAUGACGUUGUUCAAAACAGCUGGAUAUAGCAAAACCGUUCGCCCGUUAAAAAACCAGAGCCAUGUGGUUGUGGUUCAAACAGAUUUGGUUCUUAAUUCUAUAAUUGAUUUCAAUGAGCAAGAAGAAAAUAUGAAGAUCAGUGGAUUCCUAUCCAUUGAUUGGACCGAUGAAUUCCUUCAGUGGAACCCAGAAGACUACGGUGGGAUUGACGUUCUUGAAUUGCCACAAAAUGACGUCUGGCGACCAGACGUUGCACUGCAUAACUCCUUUCGGACAUUUUCCGGUCUUGGAUCCAGUAAUUUGUUGCUGAGAGUUCAUUAUGAUGGUCUGGUUGUGUGGUCACCUUACCAGAUUCUGGAGGCAACGUGUGACGUAGACAUCACAUAUUUCCCAUUCGAUACGCAGGAAUGUCCGUUCAAGUUUUCUGCAUGGAGCUACUUUGCCGAUGAAGUAGAAAUGGUUGAAGGACAGAAAGGCAUCUACCUAUACGCGUUUGAAGAAAAUUCAAGAUGGUCGCUGGAUUCCACUACUGUAGAGCCCAACACAAGUGCAGACUCUAUUGUUAUUUUUACAAUGACGCUGAAGCGGAAGUCAACAUUUUACGUGUUCUACAUACUCAUUCCCAUCGUUCUACUUUCGUUUUUAAACGUCCUCACAUUUGCACUUCCGGUAUCGUCGGGUGAGCGCGCUUCCUAUAACGUCACAGUGUUCCUGUCUUUGGCCGUGUUUCUCACGAUAGUAGCGUCUGAGAUUCCGAAGAACUCCAACACCAUCUCCAUCAUCUCAGUUUACAUUACGGCAAUGAUAGCAUUGAGCACUGCAACCGUAAUGACGUCACUGUUAGAAUCGCGACUGGCGUUCAGAGAUAAAUACACGCACUCAAUUGGCUCAGGAUAUAUGAAACUAUACCGCUUAGCUCGGAUCUGCCAGUGUAAAGGUGACGGAGACAGCCGUUUGGCAACUGAACUUGGAUGGGAUGACGUUGUUGCUGCAUUGGAUUAUUUCUUGUUUUGGUUGUUUUUUGUGCUGACCUUUUUAGCAACUGCAGUUCUGUUCAUUUUGGCGAUCAACGGGUAAAGUGUGUAAUGCAAUGCAAAUUAUAAAAUCACGGCCAACGACAUUCAAAGGGGUGUGAUUGAUUUUUUACGCAAUUUCAUACAGAUGCAACUCGAAUAAAAAGGGAAAAAAAACGUUUAAUGGUUUAUAUUCUGUUAAAAACUGGAACUACCCGAGGUUAAUAUGAUAACAUACUGUGUUGUUACAUAGCACGAAUUCCAUCUGGGAUUUCAGUCCAUGUUUGUCCAAUAUGAACGUCGAGACACGUAAGCUGCCCCAAAAGAAUAGAAACUUUAUCAUAGCAGGAUGUUUUCUAUUCGGAGCAAGAAUUUAAUUGUCAAGCAAUUUGACACAUGUACUUGAUAUUACAAAGACAAUUUAUCAGGAAAAAUUAACAUCAGUACCAUUGAUCAAGCAGUAUUUUGAUAAAUGAUAAAGUAUUUUAUUAGCUUCCGAAAACAACCGGUGUUAUUUUGGCAACUGAACUUGGAUGGGAAGACGUUGUUGCUGCAUUGGACUAUUUCUUGUUUUGGGUAUUUUUUGUGCUUAACCUUUUAGCAACUGCAGUUCUGUUUUUUCAUAUGAGCCUCGGUCUGUGA